CCAGGGAACCUUCAUCUACGUCGUUCCCCCAGUAUUGCCGGGGUGGACGGAUCCGAUGUUGCAAAUAAAGCCAGUAGUGAGGCCAACGGUGUUGUGAACAGUGCUUCAACUGCAGUCAUUUAUGCCUCGGGCGCCGCAGAGACUGCAAUCAGCUCACACCUUCCUGGUUUUUAUUCUGUUGGGCUUUGGGGUUAUUGCCAAGGACAGAAGGAAGAAUCAUCGUAUUCCAAUUGCUCGCAGCCCAGUACCUCUUUCUCAUUUGACUUGUUAAGCAUUUUUGGCUCAGUUUCCUCAGGCAUCAAUGAGGUACUACCAGACGAAAAUAACAAGGUCCUUGCUGGAUAUCAUGAUGUUUCCCGGUGGUCAGUUUCAGCUUACAUCCUGGGAUUUGUUUCCACAUGUAUGGCUGUUAUUUUUGGCGUCACCACAAUGUAUUUUUCUCGAGGAAAAGUAUUGCUUAUCCUCUCUUCGUUGCUGACCAUUGCUGAGUCUGCCGCUAUUUUUGUCACCGGUGCAUCCAUCGGGGUUACGGUAAUCUACGGGUUGAUUACGGGUGCCAUACAGAGUAUCCUUCAUCCUCUGGGGGCAGAUGCAAGUUUUGGGGCGCAUUCGUUCGCUGCAACCUGGCUA